AUGGUGUUGGACGAUGUCGAUGCACCAGAAGGUGUGACUGUCAUUCUCGUUAACAAAUAUAACAAGACUCAAGAAUUGAAAAAGAAAGAACAUGUCAAGACCAAGAAUGGAAGGAUUCCACUCCGUGAUAUUUGUAAGGAAUGGAAUUUGAGAAAUGUUGUUUGGGUUGAAACCGAUGAUCCAGUCACCUAUGAUGAAAAAACUGGUUUAAGUAGCAUUUCAUUCGCAUUCAUGGAUACUGUCGUUCUCAAGGGCGACAUCUCUCUGAUUAACCAAGAGAAAUUGGCCAAGGAAUAUAUGGAUAAAGAAUUCAAAAAGAAGCCUGUCACUUCUUCCUCGUCUCCAUCCAAAGGUUUGGAUAUUGUCGUUUCCACGGAAGAGAAGCCAGUGGCUCCAACCGUGCAACGAAAGAAUGUAUUGGAAUCCUUGGUCAAGAAGACCAAAGCUGCAGAAUCCUCGACAGGUGGCAGCACAACAUCAACAACAACUUCACCACAAAAACCAGUCGUUGUAACCUCAUCAGUCGUUGUAGAAAAUAAGAAGCCAAGUACCACCACCACUACAUCAGCAAAUUCCGAGGAUGUCUUGACUCAAAUUGAGAAAUUGGCUGAACUCAAACAAAAAGGAAUUCUUACGGAGGAAGAAUACACUCAAAAGAAGAAACAAUUACUUGGAUUGUAA